CAACAGUUGUUUGGGAUUGUGACGUCCCAUGUACACGUAGCCUAGUAGGAUGUGUUCAUUGAAGAUGGCGGCGAUGUGUCAGCCUCACUGUUCUGAACAUUUCCACGCCUGAAUACAAACGUUUCAGUGACGUCCCUACAGAGUGGCUUGGUCUCGGGACCUUUCAUACCUACAGCCAUGCAACCCCCACCUCGGACAGGCCUCCCCGGGGCCUCUGGCCACCCUCCCCCAGGGGCCGGCCCCAAUGCCUUUAGGAGAAACCGGCCCCACAAGCAUACAGCAGGAGCCACAGUAGCAGCCGCCAUGAUGGGCCCCCCACCCGCUGCUCAGCCAAUGACAGACCCCUUUGCUUUCGGCAGACAAGCCCCUCCACCAAUGGCUGUGGGAGGCCACCCCGUGCCUCCCAAUAGCAAUCACCCGCCUAUGCAAGCUCCUCCCCCUGGGAUGUUCUCCCAGGCUGGUGCAGGACCAGGGAUGCCAUCUCAACCUCUGGAGGGGGGGGCCCAGGCCCUGCCUCCGCCCUCUUCCACCCCAGGUGUGAGUCUCUUCACUCCCCACAGUACAAUGUCCCCUGUCCCUUUCCCAGGACAGCUCCCAUACCAUCCACCUCCUGGGCCGGAGCAGGGCUAUUUCAAUUCUAGGGAUCCAACGCCCUCUGUGACCCCCGGACCUCCUCCCUUAGCCCCGGCCCCCCUGCCCGGCCAGGCACCCUACAUCCAGGGCUACCACCAAGGCAACCCUUCCCCUCAACCAAUGCCCUUCCAGCCUGUGCCUCCCUCCUCAAACCAAUGGGUUCCUGACCAGGUAAACCGCCCCCCCUCCGUUCAGAACUAUUUCCAGCCCACUAGUGACCCUCCACCUCAGCCGUUCAGUAACCCUCCCCAGACUCAGAUGCCUCCACACACACACUCGCCCCACCACGCUCCUCCUACACCCCCCCACCCCCAGUCCUACCCCCACCCCAACCCCCAAGCUCAGCCUCCUCCGCAGCACCCAGACAGGUCCUCCAGCUCCCAGUGGCCUGACCCAGCCGGGCCUGCUAACCCUCUCCAGCAACACAACUCCCAUUUUCAGGCUCAGAGCUACUUCAGCCAGAACUCCGGCCCCCAGGACUUCUGGUUCAACCAGCCCCCUCCGGAGUCAGCGUAUCACCAGAUGGGAGCUGGAGCUGGUCCUGGUUCUGGUCUUGGCUUAACCAGGCCCGACUCGGCCGGAUCCCACCAUGGAGCCCCCCCCGGCCCGGCCCUCCACACCCAGGACUCUGGCACCAUCUCCAUGUUCUUCAAAGGCAAUGACGUGGAGAAUGAGGAGACCCUGGCUGGAGAAGGACAGGCUGUGAACGGCAUUCAGGGUCUUCCCGGAGGUCACCAACAACAACAGCACCCACCCCCUCACCCUGCUCCAGGUCCGGAGGUCCCCCUGGGCUACCGUGGACCUCCACCGCAUGCCGACCCCUCAGUGCCCUACAUGAACGACGGCAACUACGCGGCACCGAUGAAUCCCCACGCCCACCAGCCCACGGAGGCCCAGUUUGACCAUGUGGAGAACCUGGAAUGUGUCCCCAACCAGGAGGUCCUGCCCAGUGAGCCCCUGAGCAUCCCAGCCGCCCAGGGAGGAGACCGCCCUAACCUGGAGACCCCUGACUCUGUAGCCCGGCCCAUGAGGUCCGCCAGUGUGUCUUCCAGCUACAGCAACGUAAGCCACGGGAGUGGAACCGGCCCUGGUCCACGCCGACACCAAGGGAUGGUGGGCACCUUUAUCCAACAGGAAAGCCCUCGGCCCUCUGACGAUGCCCUUUCGUCUGCAGCCGCUGGCGGGUACUUUGAGCAGAUCGAUACCUCGCCUGCUGGAGACUUGGCAGGGUCUCACCACCAGAGCCCCCAGGAGAGGAUGUAUCACAGCCAGACUCCCACCCCCAGCCCACCCAAGCCCACAGGCAUCUUCCAGGCCAGUGCUAACAGCUCCUUUGAGCCUGUGAGGUCCCACAGCGUAGGGGUGCGGCCCGCUGAGGUAGACCGGGCGAGGAUGGUGGCGGAGAAGGGGACGGAUGCAGUACCUGGCAAUCUGGAACAGCCACCCGACAACCUGGAGAAUGUUUACGGAGCUGGAGCAGUGCUUGGUCCUGGUCCUGGCCCUGGUGCUGGACCAGGGGCUGGGCUUCCCCUUCUCACACACCCCCUGGGUCUCCCCCACUCGCGGCCCUCGUCCCGGGCCCACGUGGCCCAGCGGCCCUGUGAGAGCCCAGCCACCACUCUCUGGGCCCAGCACGACCCCGCCAGCCUGGGGGCCAACAUCCUCCUCGCCCCAGCUGCUCCACCAGUGCUCACCCCUCUCAGGGAGCCCAGCUCUGAGGUCAUUCAGCCCCCGGAGGAUGGCCCCCUGGACCUUCAGCCUCCACAGCGCGCCUCUGAGAACAUGGAGAAUCCCCCCAAGGUGAGUGAGGGGCUGCUGCCGGAGGCCCCGGCCCACAUGGGCUACGCCUCCCUCCUGGUGGAAGACUCCCUCCACCAGCCCAUUCUGAUCGCCCCGCCGGCAUUCAAUUACAGUGUCAUUGCACCUCAAGCAACCAAUCUGAGCAGCCCCAGGGAGACCACGCCUCCUGUGAGACCGCCCUCGCAGCCACCCGUGGCCAAUCCUCCGCCAAUUGGUCCCCUUCCCUUGACGUCCAAUCCUAACCCGCUUUUUGCUCUUCCACCAAUGAGCUUCGGUUCUGCCCCUAUAGGACAAAACCCCCUCAAUCUGGCUAAAGACAGCAGGGAUGGGGUUAAACAAGAGAACACCCCCCCAUUGCCUCAAUACCGCCCCCCUCUCUCCAGGGGCCAAUCAGUGAGUGGGGACAGCCACGCUUCUCUUCCUGUUAAUUCACAUGCUCCUCCUCCUGCCACAACCGUUGCCGCCUCCACCAAUCAUAAUCAACCGUCAAAUUUUGAGCUGCUUGAUUUCUCUAUGCACCAAUCGCAGAUCCCGAACCAAGCCACAGGCCCUCCUCCCACCCCACAGGGCCCGCCCUUGGCCAGUAACGCCCCAGGGUUUUACCUGCAGGUGACCAAAGACGCCCAGCAGGGGGUGCGAAGUGAGCGGAGUGCCCCUCCAGCACUUGCCCCCGAACCUGUUCCGUCCCCAGCGGCCCCAAGCAUCCAGCAGCCGGUCCAGGAGCCCCUUAAGGUCCCUGAACCCCAGCCAGCUCCCCAGGGCCAGGGAGAUGCCGCUUUAGCCCUGACCCCUGGAGCUCCACCACCCCUACAGAGGCAGCACCCACCCCCAGCACAGGGGCCUCCCGUGGGGAAUGGACCUCCAACCACUGCUGCUUACCCGCCUGGACCUCCGGGACAGGUGCCUCCAGUCAUCCCCCAGCAACAACCAGGGCCUCCACAGCCAGGCACCCAGCCGGCACCCACCGAUCCCCCGCGACCGCCAUCCUCCCUGGGGAGCCAGCACGGCUACGGCCCCCUGCCUCCAGUCCCCGGGCAGGUGUAUGGAGGGUACUAUGGGGGGACCUAUCCAGAGUAUCCAGAUGGUAGAGCCCCCUAUCCCCCAGGGCAGUACCCACCCCCACCUGUGGACCCCAGAGCACAGCAGUAUUACCCGGACGACCCUUACAGGCGAGCGGACCCUCGCUACCCCAGGUAUGAGGGACCCAACCCAGCCUACCGAGACCCAGGGUACCAGUACCGCGAGCCCCAGGUGGAGCGGCCCAGCUCCAGGACCAGCCAGUACUCAGACAGACCCUCCUCCCGGCAAGGUUACCCUGAGGACUAUCAGAGAGCAAACCGAAGUGCCUACGAGGAUUACUAUGCAGAGUACUACAAGAAACAGUACGAGUAUGGAGAUCGCAGCAGGUGGGAAGGCUACAACGCAGCUGGAGCGUAUGACCCCCGUUACCACGGUUACUACGACCAGUCGUACUGGUACAACUACGACCCAGAGGCCUACAGGGCCAGAGACCCCUACUACCAACAGACUCAGCCGCAGCUGCAGCCGCAGCCGCCGCUGCAGCCGCAGCAACAACUGCAGCCGCAGCCGCCGCUGCAGCCACCGCAGCAGCCGCCGUACCCUGCCAGGAGAGAGGGCUACGACGACCCGUGGCGCUACUACCCCGGGUACGACUCCAGCUUCGACGACGAUUACCGCCGCCAGCGGGACGCUUACGGCGAGGAGUUCGACCGGCGCAGUUUGCACAGCGAGCAGUCGGCCCACAGCGUCCACAGCUCUCACAGCCACCACAGCCGACGCAGCAGCUUCAGCUCCAGAUCCCAACAGAGCCAGGUGUACCGUAGCCAGCCAGACCUGGUGGCUGCAGCCUACGACGCCACCUCCUCCACCCUGGCUGUGGACUACUCCUACGCCCAGUACCCGGACCAGGCCGACGCCACCCAGAAUUACGGGCAGUACCCCUACCCGGGCGACUACGCCGCAGACGGCACCUGGACCGCCACGGAGCAGCCUCCCCCUCGCCCCGUGACUCCAGAGAAGUACUCCGUACCCCAUCGCUGCGCCCGCUUUGGCCCCGGGGGUCAGCUGAUCCAGGUCCUGCCCAACCUCCCCUCUGCCGGCCAACCAGCGCUGGUGGAGAUCCACAACAUGGAGACCAUGCUGCAGGACACCCCAGACCAGGCUGAGCUGCGCACCUUCCCUGGUCCUCUGGUCAGGGAGGAGACCCACAAGGUGGACGUCAUCAAGUUCGCCCACAACAAGGCAAUGGAGUGUUCCCGUAGCAACGACCUGGUGGACAAGGACUCGGCCUGCCUGCUGUGGGACUUCAUAGUGCUGCUCUGCCGGCAGAACGGGACCGUGGUGGGCACAGACAUCGCUGACCUGCUGCUGAAGGAGCACCGCUCCGUCUGGUUGCCGGGGAAGUCUCCCAACGAGGCCAACCUGAUCGACUUCAACAACGAGCCCCUGGCGCGCGCCGAGGAGGAGCCGGGGGCGGGGCCUCUGUCGCUGCUGUCGGACACCUUCAUGACCGUCCCGGAGAACAUUGGCAAGGAGACGGAGCGCUUCAGGGAGCUGCUGCUGUUCGGACGCAAGAAGGAUGCCCUGGAGGCAGCUAUGAAGGUGGGCCUGUGGGGCCACGCCCUGCUGUUAGCCAGUAAGAUGGACAACAGGACCCACGCCCGCGUCAUGACCAGGUUUGCCAACAGCCUUCCGAUCAACGACCCUCUCCAGACCGUCUACCAGCUCAUGUCUGGCAGGAUGCCCGCCUCUGCCACGUGUUGUGGGGAUGAGAAGUGGGGUGACUGGCGCCCUCAUCUGGCCAUGGUGCUGUCUAACCUCACGCACACCCUGGACCUGGACACACGCACCAUCACCACCAUGGGAGACACUCUGGCCUCCAAGGGUCUGUUUGAUGCGGCUCACUUCUGCUACCUGAUGGCCCAGGUGGGGCUGGGCGUGUUCACCAAGAAGAGCACCAAGAUGGUCCUGGUCGGAUCCAACCACAGCCUGUCCUUCUACCAGUUUGCCACCAACGAGGCCAUCCAGAGGACGGAGUCCUACGAGUACGCCCAGUCUCUGGGCUCCCAGCCCGUCUCUCUGCCAAACUUCCAGGUGUUCAAGCUGGUGUAUGCGUGUCGGCUGGCGGAGGCCGGGCUGUGUGCUCAGGCCUUCCACUACUGUGAGGUCAUCUCCAGGAGCGUGCUCAUGCAGCCCUCCUACCACUCCCUAGUGUUCAUCAGCCAGCUCAUACAGAUGUCUGAGAGGCUGCGGUUCUUCGACCCCCAGCUGAAGGAGAGACCUGAGCAGGAGCUCUUCAACGAGCCAGACUGGCUCAUUCACCUCCGCCAGCUGGAUGGACAGAUCAGGACGGGGGUGAUAGCCUACAACGCAGACAGGGCCACUCCUCAGCCGUAUGACUGCAGCACCCCCAGCUCUGAGUUGGACCAGGCCAGCCCUUCAGAGCCGUAUGCCCCACCCCUAGAGAUGGAUGGCCCCGCCCCCAACAACCCUCUGAUGUCAUCGCUCCUGCCCGGGCCGCCUCCCCAAGGUGUGCAGCUGAUGCCUCCAGCUCCCCCUAACAUCCUCCAGGAUGGCAUGAUCUCCCAGCCUCAGUCCUCCGGCGAGGGGAUCCAGCUGUACCCGGCUGCCCCCUCCCUCCCUGGCCCAACGGGUCCGAUCCCCAUCCCGGGCUACCCUCCACAGGCUCACGGCUUCGCAGCCCCCUACCAGCACCAACCGUCCCCCCAGCAGCACCUGCCCCCCCAGCAGCACCUGCCCCCCCAGCAGCACCUGCCCCCCCAGCAGCACCUGCCCCCCCAGCAGCACCUGCCCCCCCAGCAGCACCUUCCCCCCCAGCAGCACCUUCCCCCCCAGCAGCACAUGCUCCCCGACCAACCAGAGAUGUACCCCGGACAGCAGAUGGGACCCCCCCAGAUGGGUCAGCCCCCGCCCACCCAGAUGCAGCACCCCCCUCCACAGCAGCAGCCCCAGAUCCCCCCUCCUCACAUGUACCCUGGAGAGCUGUCCAUGCCCCCCCCCCAGGACCUGCAGCAGCCCUGCCCCAUGCCGGCCUCCCCCGUCAGGAACAACUUCACCCCUCAGAUGGACUUCUACGACCAGAUGGCUCACAUGGGCCCAGGGAGGAGGUCCAGGACGACUUCCCAGUCCUCAAUGCACAUGGGCCCCCCCGGACGGCGUUCUCGCACCGUCUCCGAGUCCUCCACUCACUCGGGGGGCCGAGAGAGGAGCAAUUCAGCCGUCAAGCAGUCGUCCCCCCCUCCUCCCUCCAUCCCGGAGCAGCCCCGCAAGGUGGAACCCAAGAAGCCCAAGAAGGACUCUCCCAAAAAGGGAGGAGGAGGUGGUGGUGGUGGUGGCUGGCUCAACUGGCUCUAUAGGAAAGGGAAGAAUGAGGCCCACCUGCCGGAUGACAAGAACAAGUCUAUCGUUUGGGACGAGGACAAGCAGAAGUGGGUGAACAAUGAGGAGCCUGAGGAGGAGAGCAAGCCCCCACCUCCCCCUCCUUCUGGCUUCCCCAAGAUGGCGCCCAUGGCCGGGCCUCCUGGAGGACCCGGGGCGCUCCCCGGUGGAGGUCCACCUGUCAACAUGUUCUCCAGGAGAGCAGGCACUAAGAGCCGCUACGUGGACGUGAUGAACCCGGGAGGCAGAUCCGGCCCCAAGCCCGGAGGCUCCAUUCCUGCCCCGGCCGACCUCUUUGCCCCCCUGGCGCCCAUGCCCAUGCCAGCCAACCUGUUUGUGCCUGGAGCAGCUUCAGAGGAGCAGCAGCCGAUGGAGGGCAGUGUCCCAGAGAUGGGGUCGAGUCAGGAGCAGGGAGCUCCCAACCCCAGUGCUGUCCCUCAGAUGUUCAACCCCACACUGUUGCCCCCGGGUCCAGAGGGGCCGCCCAUGCUUGAAGGAACACGGUCAGGGGAGCUCUCACGCUCUAGCUCAAUGAGUUCUUUAUCACGAGAAGUGAGUCAGCAUUUAAACCAGGCACCCCCUGCCCAAGGAGCUCCUCCCUCUGGAGGCGUGACCUUCUAUAACCCCGCCCAGUUUGCACAGGCGAGCGCUCCGUCGGGAGCAGGGAGACAGAGGUUGGGUCGGCUGGGAGGCCAGAGAGAGUACCCAACACUUAAGUAGUCAUCCCAUCCCAACCGACACAGCAGCUCUGGAACAGACUUAACAGGUUGUCGUGGCAACCCCAGAAACGGCCGAAGCACACUGCCCUCACAGAAGGAAUGACCUCGCCCCUCCUCCAGCCCCACGAGAACCUGCGUGACGACCCUCAUCCAACCACUUGUUCAUCUCGUCUCUCAGCCUCUAGGUUUCGUCGGAGUUGAGACAUUUUUUUCUAGAUUGAUUUAUUUUGCAGGCAACCUUUGUUCAUGAAGGGCUUCUUUUUCCUCCUGUAUCCAGACUAACUUGUGUCACACACAAGUUACGGAACGCUUCGUGCUAGACAGCUGGCGGUCGUACAGAGAUUGUACGAUGAGCUCUGACAGAGGCCCCGCCCCCUAACAGAGGCCCCGCCCCCUAACACACACCUCGCAUCUCCAAACACUGGAGCUGACAUGGGGACGGCCAAGACCUCACCUGUUGGUUUGGUUUCAUCAUCCCCACAGUGUGCUUCAGGUCCAUCUGGUGAUCUGAGCAUUUGGGAAGAGGAAGAGAAUACGGGCACAUCUUCAUAGUGUGUGUGUGUGUGUGUGUAGAAUGUGUGUGGCUACUUGGUGGUUAUCGAGAGACUGGAGGUAGCUUGUGUUGUGUGUGUGUGUGCUGGGUUCUCUUCUCCUCAGUCCCCUCAUAACAGUAGUGCUCCAGAGGGCUGGCUUGGGGCACAGUCGGUUAUACACCCAGACAUCAGGGGGCAUUGGCAGACCUCAGCCCUUCCAGGAACGGUAGACAAUUUGGCGUGAAUGUUUUGUUUUUGUUUUUUUUGAUAUUUAUUUAAUGUUUCCUGCCCAUGUGUCAGCACCAUGCCAGUCAAGCCUCUAAGCCAGGCACUGUUUCCCCACCAUCUUUCACUUUCCCCAUUGAGAGCGUCAGGAACUUAGGAGUGACCUUCGAGACCGCAGGAUUCAGGACUGAGGCAACCAUUUUUAAAUGUGAUUCCCAAUAAAUCUAUCCAAAUAUUUGUAUAUCUGAUUGAUUGUAUUUAUAAGCUGUAGUCAAUUUAACGUGUGUGGAGAGCAACUAAUUUUCUUUUCUUCCUGAUUUAGCUUUGAAGUACAGAUUAGACUCAUGAUAGAUAAUAUACCUGAAUUCACUUUCUGAUCAUUUGUACCGACGGCUUCUGCAUUUGGAAAUUGCCAGUUAUGAGAUGUGAAAUGAAAACUAAUUUAACUGAAACUGCUAUCUCACUUUAAUUUUCAAUGGCUGACUGUUGUUUUUUUUCUUCAUUAUUUGGUAUUACCUAGAAUCCCUGCUCCUUUUCAGUUAUGUUUCUGUUUAGAGACCACCAGAUUGAUUUCCAAAGGUCCCCUAAUGUUUGGAGAAAAAUAGUGAUUUAUCUUCGUGUUUAGAAUGCACCCUUGUAAAAUUGACAAAAAAAACAUGGUAAUAAAGAUAUUUUUGCGCUCUUUAGCACUUUGAAAGAAA